UCGGUCCAUUUCGGUCGGUUUGCCAAGAAAAGUGAUAUCUCUAGCCACAGACAAAUUGCAUAUAUUCACACAGGAAACUACAGUAAAGCGACUCUAGGGAAAUCCCCCUAGUCUAGCGAUAAGUCUAGGAUUGGAUUGUGGCAGGGCUCACGAGAGCAAGGACAAGAGAAUCAGAUUCCGGGAUGCCCAAACCGUGCGAUGUGCACUACUUGUUGCUCGUCGAUGACAAUGGUGAUGUUGGUGGUGCAUUGAUAGUGGAGUGUGGUGGCUGGUGUGAUUAUUGAUGAGAAAUGCGUUGCCAAUGAGCAAAGAUUGGACGGUGUGGUAAUUGAAAGUUCAAAAAGUAACGAAUAAUACGAAACGGAAGUGGUUUGUUGGUGGUGGAGCAAAUUACUGCAUUGUAGCCGUUUAGGAGGUUUCGUCUCGACGGGAAAAGCCUGGGAGCAGAUUUAUGGUAUUCAUUCCGUAUGCUGCAGGCCGAGGUGGAUCUAGAAAUCUCUUGCGGAGCAUGGCAGCGAAAAACCGGCAAACACAAAUUCUGGAAUGAGUGAAAUGAAGUUCCGAAUUAAAGUAUUUGGAGUGCAGUAUAUUUAGCGGGAAAUAAGUCCAGCCGUUGUGUGUGGUACAUCAGUGAAAUGAGCAUCCAGAGGAGUCCGCCGGCUAGUCCACGAGCCCCAAAAAUCCAACAAGAGUCUUGGGAUGACUGUGGAACGCCGCCCAUUGAUUUAUUCGACCCGUGCCAAACAAGUCCUGUAAGGUCGCCAUCGAGGAGUCAACCCUUGCCUAGUCCUACUCCUAAAAGAAAAUGCUCGAAGCCAAUCAAUGUUGCAUAUUAUGAAUCACGUACAGCAUCAGUGAACAGCACAGGUAGCUCGAAUCGUUCAUUUAGCUACGGUUCCGAUCAACGUAGCCCGAAAUAUGAGAAUCCACCACGAAGUCCAAAGAUUACUACGACCUAUGCAAAUGAUGAUGAUGAGUCCACGUCGUCCUUCUACCAAACCCCAACAGGAUCUCGCAGCCCGAAGGGGACUUACUACUACGACAAUCACCAGUCCCCGCGUCGAAGCCCGAAAUCACCUAGAAAAUUCGUUUUCGAUGCAAUCAGCCCCAGUUAUGAGCAAAAAGGUAAAAAAUUCGAAUACUACGACUCCAUGUCGAUGGAAGAAGAGGAUUCACGUCGCAUGACGGGAACAAGUUACAAGGAGACUCAUCACCACUUUCAUCAUCAGCAAGGACAAAGCCAGCAGCAACAAGUUCCAUCACAGCAAAGUACCUCGAGUAGUGGCGGGGGUUCUCAGAAGAUUCGUCGCGGCUCGAAGAGCUUCAAGGCACGUCCUUUAGAGGUGAAAAAUUCCAGCACUAGUGGUAUGGACGCAACAUCCCUGCAAGGAAUGAAAGUGAGCAGUGGAGGGAAGUCGCGGAACGGAAAAGAUUUCACGAGUGGCAACGGUGCUGAAAUCAAUGAAAUGAUGGUAAUAGGAAGCGCCGGAAUGCAUAUUGGCGGCCUUCACUAUCAGCCGCAGGAUCAUGAUUUCCGUGGGAACCUAUUCGUAAAGAGAGACUCCUGCAUGACUGAAUCGACGCAACUAUCAGGCGAUUCGGGGGAGACCAAUACAACCACCUUAACGACAACUACAACCCUCCUAACGUCUUCCGAAACAGAAGUGGACGUAGGUAUAGGUAUUGCGGCUGGCAAAAACGGCAAUGGUGGCUCAAAGGGUCAUCACUCUGCUACAGUAUCUGGUAUUAACAAUGGCAAGGAGUCCAAUGGCGGCAGUAAUAGUGGAAAUAACAAUAUGGUCAUGCCGGCCUUAGCCGCAAACCCCAACAAUGGAGCUGUGGUGACUUCCGGAGCCGCAGGGAGGCAUAUCGAGCGUGGUCGACGACAUGCUAUCAAUAUCACCUCUAAUCCAGGAUAUCAGCAGAUCAUCCACUCUUCUCACACGGCCUUGGAUCGUACUUGCUCUGAUAGUGUCGUAUCUUUAUCGCGAUGUCGAAAAUCAACUAGCGACUUGACAGAUAUUAACGACGGCAGCGUCCCAGUUGUAUCCAAGCCCAGGCGUCGUGGAAGUUCCAAAGGGGGUCUCGCGUACUUGGCAAGUCGACGCAGUUCCCGUGACUCCUUGAAAAGUGCAGUUUCCAACACUUCCAUUUUCUCCAAUGAAGAUAUUGGUCCGCUUGCGUUUCAAGCAUCAACACGUGGCCGCCAAAGAAGAACAUCCAACUUCCUGGAAUUACCGGUUCCUGACCACAUACGACCACGAGUUUGUUCGUUACCAGAUCGACCAUAUAAUCCUCGAGCUAGUGAUGAUUUAUACAGAUUGCGGCAUUUUUCCAUCAGUAAAGGAACAGUAGUUAACUGUGGGGAUUCCAUUAUUAGUAGGCGUUCAAGGAGUAAUACAAGUGUUAAUUCCACGACAAGUAGAGCUAGUGAAAGAUCACCUUUCGAAGGAUCAUGUUGCGGUGGGGGUUAUUCCAACGUGGACUCUUUGCCGCCAUCCCCAACAGAUAGUGAACCGCCUCCACCGCCCAGGUAUCGUGUGGUUAUGCUAGGCGAAGCGAGUGUUGGCAAAACGGCGCUUGUCUCACAAUUUAUGACCUCGGAAUACAUGCACACUUAUGAUGCCAGCUUAGUUAUAGAUGACGAGUUUGGUGAAAAGACUGUGAGCGUUCUGCUGGAUGACGAGGAAUCUGAGCUGGUUUUCAUUGACCAUCCGAGCGUGGAAAUGAGCGUGGAAAACUGCUUGUCAACCUAUGAACCGCAUGCAUGCAUAGUUGCUUAUUCCGUAGUUGAUCGAAACUCCUUUCGGAUAGCUGAAGAAAUUUUGAAUUACCUGUGGCAGGAGCAUGUCACCAAAGAGAAGGCUGUGAUUCUUGUAGGCAAUAAGGCGGAUUUAGCGCGAUCAAGAGUUAUACCAACAACAGAAGGAAAAGCGUUGGCAGCAUCUCGUGACGCAAAAUUCAUUGAGACGUCAAGUGGCAUUCAACAUAAUGUGGAUGAGUUGCUCGUUGGAGUGCUUAAACAGAUGCGUUUAAAAGAAAAACGUGACAAAAAAGCCGCCGCUAUGGAAUCAUCUAAAAUGAAGAGUUCCCGAACGCAUAUCUCACUUCACCUGGCCAAAGAGAUCCUUCAGAAGAUUUGUCUUAGUGACAUUGCUAAAUCAAAAAGCUGUGAAAAUUUGCAUGUUCUCUAGAAGUAAACUGACAAAGGAUAUGCUGAUUUAUCCUUGACGAUGUUCUUGUGUAUCUGUAGAAAGUCAACUCGAGAGUAAAUCUCUUUUCUUCCGGAUAGGACUGUGUCAAUUUCUUAACUCCUAGGCGUAAGUUUCGUUUGAGUCUGAGCUGAAACCUGUUUAGGUAUUGAUGAUGAAUAAAUUUCUUAGCGUAACGUAAUCGAAUCCUCCGACUGUUAUAUUUUAACAAACUGAAAACUGAAGUCUAACGCUUUUAGAUUUUAUAAUUAGUGGGAAUAAUAUCUAUGUAUACUUAACGUAUUUAGUUUUCAUUGGUUUCACGAAAGGUACUAGAUAUUGCUAUUAUACGAAAAAAACCAUUGGAAGUGAACAAGGAUGAAAGUAUUUAUAAAACAAUGUUGCAACCAAUAGAACCUGUUGAUGUACUCUAUCGCGAAUGGACAUAUAUACAUACAUAUAUUUUGUAAUAAACGUGAAAUACGUAUACAUUCACAUAUACAUAAAUGAAAGUAGCAUAUCGGCCUAAAAUCUGUGUAGAAAGAAAAUUCAAACAGAGAGUUUGGCUUUGGUUUUUUGAAUAUUAUUUGUGGGCAAAAAGCCGACUUCAUCCAGCCUCCAUGAUGAAGUGUCAACUUUUUGAACGCAAACUUUAUGCGAAUUAUUUAAAAGAGUUUCAUAAAGAGUUUUCCACUAGCAGGGCUUCGAGCGGUCUUGAGAUUUUUUAUUUCAGUGCUGAGUAUGCAAUUGGAUCUUCGUUCAUUUGAUGUAAUCUUGAAAGUAACAUACUAUCAGCAGUAAGAUCCCUGUUUGAGAGCAACAGUUCGCCCCACUUAUACCGAAAUCAAGAAGAUUAUAUAUAGGAAAUUCAACUCCCACGGCAUUAUUUGAAAUUGUAAGGUUACUGAAAAUCAUUGCACAUCUACGGCCGCAAAGGGAGUAGC